AAGGACGUCCGCUCUCGUUUUUGGACAGUAUACAGAAAAGUCGCGGAGGAACACGACGGCGACUUUCUUGAGCGAUACUCCACUGAUAUGGACAUUGUUUUGAUCUUCUCUGGUCUUUUCUCCGCUGUUAGCACGUCUUUUAUCGUAGCAAUGGAGUCUAGCCUCAGUUACGACCCCAGCGACACCACAAAUGCCCUUCUCACGCAGCUCAUGCAAAUCGGGCUCGGCAACAUUGCUGCAGCGGGUGUAGAACCCGCAGCACCACCAUCUGCGUGGUCGCCGCCCACGUCGACUGUAAGGAUCCAAGCGAUCGCAUAUGCAAGCUUGUGCAUGAGCUUGCUCGCUGCAUUCGGUGCCGUGCUAGGAAAGCAG